AUGGACAGCUCCAGACUGCGCCUCCUUGCCCUGGGCAGCUGUGCACUGCUCCUGGUCAUCAGUGCAGUGUGUGGGCAGGAGGACAGCUCAGACCUGGAGACCAGGGCACUUCGGGAUUUCUACCCCAAAGAUGCUAUCCCUUCAAGUGAGAAGGAGUUGCUGGGAGCUCUACAGGAAGUCUUGGAGAAGUUACAGAGUAAACGGGUACCUUUAUGGGAAAAGAAAUUUGGACAGGUCCCUGUGUGUGAUAUGGGAGAACAAUGUGCAGUCAGGAAGGCUUCCAGGAUUGGGAAGUUAUGUAACUGCCCCAGGGGUUCUGUCUGCAACUUCUUCCUUCUAAAGUGUUUAUAGAAAAAAUAAAAAUCCAAAGACAAGAAGUGCAGAAGUAUCCGAGCUCAGCAUCAACAUCUGGAAAGAAAGAACGUUGGGUGACCAUGAUUUUUACACUGGUAAAAUGAUGUACAGCAUUUGCUCUGCAUUUUGUUAUGUUCUGUUAGCCUCUCUGUUUGCACAUUUGUGAA